UGUUUUUUUGUCGCUGCAGGGUUGGUCGCUGUUCGUCGUUGUGACCGGAACACGACGAGGCCGGACCUCGCGCUUACAAAUUUACUCCCCCCUUCAGCUUCCGAGCCUCUUCCGUUUUCUCCAGUCUCUUCGGCGAAUUCUUACAUAUUUCUCGGAGAGCGCGACAUGGACGCUGUCCAUCUCGACGGGGAGGAAGAAGACGGCCCUGCCAUCGGAGCUCUCGGCUCUCUCUUCAAGCUCACUCGAGUCUUUCUCUGGGACGACGGCUCCUCGGCGGCGCAAGAACUUCGGCCUUCCAACGAAACCAGGAAUCCGCCUCGCCGCGACGACAAUGUCGGCUCGAACGUUGUCUCUACCACUCAGGACUAUAGUCCUGCACCUGAGGACUUGGAACUCAUCACACAGAUGAACGAGCUUGGUCUUCCACUUGCAUUUCAGACCAGUAAGGAGAAGAAGAAUGGAACUUCCAAAGUGAGAAAAAGGAGAACACAUAAGAAGAAUGAUUAUGGAAAAGAAGGAAUUGAGAAUGAAGGAACUCGAUUCCCGAAAGUGAGUGAGCCUGUUGUUGUAUCUCAAACUGUUAUUCAUGAUAAUCCAAGUGGUUUGUUAUGUUCCAUGCCAGUGACGGGCCAAAGUGAGAUCUCUUGCUAUGAUAAUGCAGUGGAUGCCAGUAAAUUUUGUUCCACAUCUGAUAAAGGAGAAGAUUUUACAGAGAUCAGCUGUGUCAGCAAGAAAAUGAUCUGUACUGGAAUAUCGGAUGUGGCAAUUGAUUGCCUGGAUUGUUACCCUGUUCUGACAGAUAAUGUGCCCAAGUAUGACUUAACAGUUAAUCAUAGCAAUACAGACUCUGAUGCUGGAGGGGGACUUUGCUCACAACAUCCUUCAACUGAAGUGUUUGUUGACUGUGGCAGGGAAGAACUUGAUGGAAGCUUAGUGGACUCCAAUUUGUUGGACCAUAUUUCACCUGCAGACCAAGUUGAAGCUGUUACGACACAUUGCAACAGUUAUGAGAACCAUCAGUCAUUGGAAGAGGUUGCCAUCGGCCAAGGUACAGAAAGCAAUAAUGACAACUCAUGUAGAGACUGGAUUGUGUGCUGGGACUCUUUCUAUCAGAGAAAUUACUAUUAUAACAGUAUAACCCAGGUUUCAACGUGGUUUCCGCCUCCUGGGAUGGAAGCUGUAGAGGCAGAACUUAUUGAGAACCCAGAGUCCAAUGCUAGGCUUGUUGAGCUGACUAAGCAAGAUCUCAGCCUAUCAAUUUCUAGUGUUUGUUCACUACCAGGAGAUACUUGUGUUUUUCAACAUACUGUAGAUUCAUUCAAGGACAUCGUGGAUCAUGAUAAAUUACUUGGUCAACCAUUUGGUGAAGGUGAUUCCAUCGACUCGAAAGAUUGCGAAGAAGAUGCCACUUCACGAAGACUGGGUGAUAUGAGCAUGAUGAGUGACCUGACAGAAUUAUCUCUUGAGGAGAAUAAUUUACUGGGGGAAGUUGGGGAAUUUCUAGGCAAAUGGAAAACGGUUGCAAGAAAAAGGAUACGGAGGAAGUCAUUCCAUGUCAAAGAAGACCUGAGCUUUCCUCUGAGUGAGGAGUACUGCACUGUCAUUGAAAAAUAUUGGUUUCAGAGGUAUCUCCUCUUUUCAAGAUUUGAUGAAGGUAUCAAAAUGGAUGAGGAAGGAUGGUUUUCUGUUACUCCUCAGUCUAUUGCUAGGCAUCAUGCAGUUCGUUGUGGUGGUGGGAUUAUAGUGGACGGUUUCACAGGAGUCGGUGGGAAUGCCAUCCAAUUUGCACAAAUGGGCCGACAUGUAAUAGCAGUUGACAUCGAUCCAAAGAAGAUUGAAUAUGCGCACCAUAAUGCUGGCAUAUAUGAAGUUGAUGCUGGAAUAGAUUUUGUGAAAGGAGAUUUCUUCAUUUUGGCGCCAAAAUUGAAGGCAGAUACUGUCUUCUUGUCACCUCCUUGGGGUGGUCCUGGCUAUACCAAAGUAAAGAAAUACGACAUGAAGACCAUGCUCAAGCCACGUGAUGGAUUCAUCCUUUUUAACAUUGCCAAGGAAAUUGCUCCCAAAGUGGUCAUGUUCCUCCCAAAAAAUGUUGAUCUGAACCAAUUAGCUGAGCUUUCUCUUUCUGUUCAACCUCCAUGGUCGUUGGAGGUUGAGAAGAACUACUUAAAUGGUAAGCUAAAGGCAGUAACUGCUUACUUCAGCAACACGGAGACCUGCAGAAAAUAGCCACGAAAAUUAGUUUUGAGAUGGUGUGUUGGUGUGCCAGAUGAGGAUGAGUGUUUUUCUUUAGAUCAUUAGCAUGUUCAGUUAUCAGGACCCUUUUUUGGAUGUCAUCGAUGUCUUAUCGCAGCAGUGUUGAUUUAAAUAGAUGAUCAAAUCGUGCUUCUGCUCAAUCUUUGUACAUAAUUGCUGUCAUCUACGGUUCUUGUGAAACUUGUUAAAAUUAAGGAUCACGGUGUGGUCUAUUAUAAGUCGCAACAUUCGACUUGGAAAUGCUAUAGGUGAAAAUAGCAAUUCAAAUGGCA